UUGCAUUCCGUACUUCCAACGAAAUAGACUAUUGUUUACAAGUGGAUUUUUCGCACGCCUCCUCUCAUUCAUCAUCAAUACGUUGUCUCAAUCAAUACAUAUUCGUGUCUCAUUGCUAACUACUCUCACCUCCAGCCUAACUCCACUUGUCCGGUUUUUUUUUUCGUCACUGAUCGACCAGCUCGUCACAAUAUACACACAUUAUUCGAUUUGCGAUCGAAAAGUAAUGGGAAUAUAUAGUUACUAGUGUUUAUGUAAAUAUGACGGUGUGCCUAUAACUGCAAAGCAGUUUCUGUGGAAUCUUUGGUAGCAGUUCUCAGCUAGCAGUUCGACAAAUUGUUGUGACAGUAUAAUUGGUUGUUUGACGCUCGAACGACAGCACGAUGAACGGGUCGUCAUUAUUUCUUUCUCUUUGUAUUCUACUAGUUUGUUUCUUUAACUCUUAUGAAGCGUUUCUUUUACGAAAUCCCUCAUCUGAGCCGGAAGAGUAUUUAGUUGACGCAAGCUCAGAUUGGAAUAGACAGGUUAGCUUAAUAACAAAACAGGUUCUAGAUUUUCUGAGGAGCCGAUCUGGCAAAGACGUGCAAAAUGAGCAAUAUAUGAUAAAUGAACAAACAGGAUACAUGCAACAAGAAUUAGCAGCAUCAUCAAGCCGAACAGGUCAAUUACAGAAGCGAGCUAAAAGCAGAAAGAAGGGUGGCAGAAGACGAAAAGGAAAAGAAUGUGUGGGAAGGUUCGGGCCUUUAAUCCACCAGUGCUAAUUGAACUAUCACACUCAUUUCAUUUAGGUCUAUUUAGUGAAAUAAGUAAUAUUAUUGAAAAAUUCCUUAAACAGACAUUCCACGGACGGAUCUGAAAGUCAUCUGCAUUUUCGCACAGUUGGAAGAGUUUAUUAUUGAUUGAUUAAAUAAUUAAUUAAUUAAUUGAUUUAUUGACUGAUAAUUUGAUUAACUUAAUAUUUGACUGAUUGAUUAAUUAUAUGAUAAGUAUAUUUGUAAUUUCAAAACGAUGUACACUUUUGAGUUAGUUUAACUAUAAGUUGUCAUUACUUGAUACACACUAUAGUAUUAUGAGCUUAUACGAGCUUGAAAUUAUAUUAUUAAAAACGAAUCAACAUGACCAUAUGAUAUUGGGGAAAAUGUCGUAGGUGACACGUCUGAACAAACAUGAGUAGAUUGGACGUUUCUGAUAUAAUUGAAAUUGUAUUUAAGGUAUGAUUAUCCUAAACUAAGUGAAUUACCCUUUCAAACCUUUCGUGGUGCUAAAUUUUGUCUGCGCCCUUUCCACCUCAUUUUUGCGCCAACAAUUUGUCCCAAAUUACGUGAUAAUAAAAACCAAGAUACCGUCACAACAUGCAUACUGUAUUUGUAAAAAGUCUUCAAGCGAUCAUAAGGCAUAAAGUUAGGCAUGCUAAUAUUUAGGUAAAGAAGGUUAAAGGUUCAUAAUUCAGGCCUAGUUCAAUAACCGCAUUCUUAUCCGCUAUAAACGGCAACCCCACCAUGUACGUACUGUAAUACAGAAAGCCCCAGUGUUUGCGAUGUUUAUACUGCUGACUUUAAUUUAUCAGCAUUAGUAGGCCUACAAAACAAUAGCCAAUUACUUUGUAUAUCACGGUGGUGCUACCUAAUUACCGUCACCACCUUCUUAUAAAUGGGUGAUUAAUUCCAAAGUGAGGCCCAAUGUUAAUAACUUUGCAAUAGGCCUAUACCAAUGUUGUAAUUAACAUUUGGCAUACAAUAAUAAUUUACGACAAUUCAUUGCCAAGUUGAAAACAUCCAAACUCUAUAUGUGUCUACUGGGCUAAGAAUUAACUAUAUGGCCCCGCCCAUUCUUGACCGUCACCCUCAAUACACUGUACACAAUAAAGUAACACAUUAUCAGAUAUAGUGUGAUUCGGUCGUGAUUUAUUACGACAAAAGGCAAAUGGACCGUCGCACACGAUCGGUCCCUAAAUUAAUUUCCAUAGUAAAAAUUCUUAAAAAGUGGCCAACAAGCCAAGCGGCAGGGUGCCGAAGCGCCCUAGUGUAUUUGAGGAGGAAGGGGUGGCAGGUGGGAAAAAGAAUUUCCAAGGAGUUAUCGGUGCACGGAGCGAGGUAAUUUCAAUCCGCAACGAGAAAAGGGGUCCGGUUAUGAUUCCACACGAGGAAAUGCAACGGGUUGAAAUUAUUACGCCGACUGAGUGACACCAAUUGGGGUGUACCUACGCCCCUUGACACAAAUAGUUUUUCCGCUGAUGUCGGAAAAUUAUUUGUGUCUACUGGGCUAAGAAUUAACUAUUUUUCUCGGAAAGUCAAAACAUCAAGUUACGUUGUUUUGCAUCGGAACGACCGUGUUAAGUUUCACAUGUGGGGAUAUACGCCUACCUCUUGUAAGUGGUUUGCGAUUCUCCAAAUUUUGGUGAUAUUGUAUGUUCAUAAUUGCGAUAAUUGUCUCCUCCAAGAUAUUACUAGCUUAUUCAAUAGGUCUACAUGACCACUAUGGUUUUUAUGUGAGCAAGUGCAAUACAGAAAUAAUCAUUAGGAAAAAAAUGGGUAAAGCAUUUAAACGUUCAGGCUUGUUUCUCGUUCUGCUUCAAACUCUACGAGUGAGUGAAGACUGAGGUAAAACUUUCACCUUGUGAUAAUAACAAAGAUCCACCAUCACCCGGGUUGUUUAACAAAAUGGCUCGUUAUUAUGCAUUAAUAAAGAUGAAUCUCAAAAAAAAGGUUUAAGCAUUAUUCAGUCCAUUAUUUUAUUUAAAAAAAAUAAAAUCACAAUAUAUAAAAUGUGUUGGUUAGGAACAACCUUAUAUGCACAUCACUUUAUUCAUUGUGUCUCAUCUCCUGUAAACAGAUAUAAUAGGACGGUAAAAAAUCGCUUGGGCCAGGUAACACAAAGAAACGGUAGGCCUAUGCGAGUGAGGAGAUAAAAGUAAGUUCGGAGCAGCCAAACCCAACGAAAUUAUUGUAACUUUUUAUUCAAUACUUCAAGAAGAGGUUCGAUUAAGCUACACUGAUUUGUUUUUAUUUUUGUUUCGACAGUAAGAACAAAUCGAAACAAAGUCCACAGGGACAAUGUUUGGAAAAUAUAUAUGUAAAAUCUUUUCAAACAAUUGGUAAAAGGUAAAAAUUUGAUCUUAAGACAGAAAACCUUUCUAUAAAUGGCUCACUAAACUUGGACGUUAACGAUACCGUUGACUACUAUUUACAGAAAACCAUUUCUUUCUGACAAAACAAUGUUUGUUCUAUCACUCAGUUCUUGUGCAAUGUAAUAUGGCUAAAUUAUACUGUAUGGCACGCCUUAUAUCUAAAUGUAUGUGAUUGCUUGCGAUUGAAAAUUUGCACAAGUUGAAUAACUUGUAUGUAAUGUACAUGGAAGGAAAAUAAACAGGCUUCUAAAGCAUCAUAUAUAAAUAAAUCAUUAAGUUGUAUAUAAUAAAAUAUAAAGGAAUGUA